CAGAAAGAAAGAAAGAAAUGUUGAUAAAAGUUAUUACAUUUACUGUAAAUCUUGGCCACCAAACUCUCAAAAAAUAAACUAAAAGAGAAAAUUAUUGUUUUUGUAUUCCAUUAAACUGAAAAAGCAAAACAAGAAAAAAACAAAAUAUAAUUUGUAAACAAAUCACAACACACACAAUAUUCCCUAACCCCUAAUCCUUCUAUAGCUGUCCAUUCAUAACCAUCAUCAUCAUCAUCUUUAGCUUAGCUGUGUGUUUCCCUAUUCAAUUGUCAUUCAUUCCUCUUCCACAAAAGAAAACCCCAAAUUCAAAAAGUCACAUUCAAAAGGAAAACCCAAAAAAAGAAAAAAGGAAAAAGAGAAAGAAAGACCAGCAUUUUGAUGGGUCAUCAUCCUUUUCUCUUCCUUUUUCUCCACCUCCUCCUCUCCUCCGCCGUUGCAGACGACGGAGCCGUCAUACUCAAUUUAGCCACCUCCUUAACCCCAUUACCCACUUCAUGGUCGACAAAAUCCUCUACAGGUUUCUGUGAUUGGAAAGGUAUAACAUGUGAUAAUUCUAAUAGAGUCACAGUUAUUAAUCUUUCGAAUAAAGAUCUUUCUGGUAGCUUACCGGAAGACCUUUCUACCCUUACCCAACUCAAAACCCUUUCUCUUCAGGGCAAUAAGCUUUCUGGGGAUCUUCCAAAUCUUGCAAAUUUAUCGAAUUUGCAAUCUUUGUUUCUUGAUACCAAUAAUUUCACAUCUAUUCCAUCUGGGUUUUUUAAGGGUCUUACUAGUUUGCAAUCUUUAAGCAUUGGUAAUAAUAUCAAUCUUGCCCGUUGGGAGCUUCCUGUUGAUCUUGCUGAAUCUACCACUUUGAAUUCUUUACAAGCUAGCCAAGCUAAUAUUGUUGGUUCUAUUCCUGAUAUUUUUGCAUCUUUACCCAGUUUGCAGAAUCUUAGAUUGAGUUAUAACAAUUUGACAGGUUCUUUGCCACCUUCUUUGGCCAAUUCUGGGAUCCAGAAUUUGUGGGUUAAUAAUCAGCAAAUGGGUUUAACUGGUACUAUUGAUGUGCUUUCUUCGAUGACCCAGUUGUCUCAGGUUUGGUUACAGAAGAAUCAGUUUACGGGUCCGAUUCCAGAUUUGUCGAAAUGUGAUAGUAUUUUCGAUUUGCAGCUUAGAGAUAAUCAGUUUACUGGAGUCGUUCCUGCUUCUUUGGUUUCCCUUCCGAAUUUGGUUAAUGUUUCUUUGUCAAAUAAUAAAUUGCAGGGUCCUUCACCUGUUUUUCCAUCAUCCGUUACUACUGUUGUUAAUGAUGGAAAGAAUAAUUACUGUACUGGUUCUGGGACACCUUGUGAUCCACAGGUGGCUAUUAUGCUUGAGAUUGCUGGUGCUUUUGGGUAUCCAGUGAGACUUUCUGAUGACUGGACUGGGAAUGACGCUUGUUCUGGUUGGGAUUUUGUCACUUGUGAUCCACAGAAAAGAGUUACUACUGUGAAUUUAGCCAGGCAAGGUUUUUCAGGGAGCAUUUCUCCUGCAUUUGCUAAUCUCACUUCUUUGAGGAAUUUGUAUCUGAAUGAUAAUAAUUUGACCGGCUCUAUUCCUGAUAGCUUGACCAAACUUACACAGCUUCAGGUUCUUGAUGUUUCCAAUAAUAACCUCUCUGGGAAAGUUCCAAAGUUUCCGAGCUCAGUAAAAUUUAUCACUACGCCUGGGAACCUUCUGCUUGGGACGACAAUAAGCCCUGCUGGCAGUCCAGGAUCACCUGACACAAAUGGCAGUGUACCGAGUGGGGGCGCAUCCUCGUCAGGUUCAGGAAAUCGUAGUGGGAUAUCAGGAGGUAUGAUUGCUGGCAUCAUUAUAGCUGUUAUUGUUUUUGUUGCUGUUUUGUCAUUUGUGUUGUAUAAAUAUAAGAAAAGGAACAGAAGGUAUGGGGAUGUGGAGAAAGACGGCAGUGAGAAGGCAUUGGGGAAGAAUGGAGGACCGAGUGGGGCUAAUGGGUAUAAUGGAUUGCCUACUGAAUUACAUAGCCAGAGCAGUGGUGAGAGUGAUCGCAAGAUGUUUGAGGGUGGAAAUGUUGUAGUGUCAAUGGAAGUUCUUAGACAAGUUACGGAUAAUUUUAGUGAGAACAAUAUUAUAGGAAGAGGUGGUUUUGGAGUGGUGUAUAAAGGGGAGUUGCAUGAUGGGACUAAGAUUGCUGUGAAGAGAAUGGAAUCCUCAGUGAUGGGAACUAAAGGUAUGAAAGAAUUUCAGGCAGAGAUUGCAGUGCUUUCAAAGGUUAGGCAUAGACAUUUGGUUGCUCUUUUAGGUUACUGUGUCAAUGGUAAUGAAAGACUCUUGGUCUAUGAGUACAUGCCACGGGGAACCCUGGGACAGCAUUUGUUUGAGUGGCAAGAGCAUGGCUAUUCUCCCCUUGCAUGGAAGCAAAGAGUUACCAUUGCCCUGGAUGUGGCAAGAGGAGUUGAGUACCUGCAUAGCUUAGCUCAACAGAGUUUUAUUCAUAGAGAUUUAAAACCUUCAAAUAUUCUUCUUGGGGACGACAUGAGAGCCAAAGUUGCAGAUUUUGGUUUGGUUAGAAAUGCACCUGAUGGGAAGUACUCUGUGGAAACGCGACUAGCAGGAACAUUUGGCUAUCUUGCACCUGAGUAUGCUGCUACUGGCAGGGUGACCACCAAGGUAGAUGUUUAUGCCUUUGGAGUUGUUCUAAUGGAGAUUAUAACCGGAAGAAAAGCUCUGGAAGACAACAUGCCAGAUGAGAGGGCUCAUCUAGUUACAUGGUUCCGCAGGGUCCUAAUCAACAAGGAGAACAUCCCAAAGGCAAUUGAUCAGACUCUCAACCCAGAUGAAGAGACGUUAGCCAGCAUCUACAGAGUGGCUGAGUUAGCAGGACAUUGCACUGCUUCCGAGCCAUAUCAGAGACCUGAUAUGGGUCAUGCAGUAAAUGUCUUGGGGCCUCUUGUGGAGCAAUGGAGACCUACUAGCCAAGAAGAUGAAGGUGGCAUAGAUCUCCAUAUGAGCCUUCCGCAAGCUUUGCAAAGAUGGCAAGCUGAUGAAAGUACUUCCUCUUAUGAUAUAUCAUACUCUCAAACGCAAUCAAGUAUUCCCUCGAAGCCCUUUGCGGAAUCAUUUAAUUCAACUCAUCUUCGAUGACAAAAAGUGAAGAUCAAGAAGCUUUGGGAAAGAUGGAAAGGGGAAAGUAAAGAAUUGGGGGCGCAGCCAACCCACCAGUAAUCUCCAGAACUAUAUCACGGGUUUCACUGUAUUUAUUGAUUUUGUCAUUUCUUGCGUGAUAUUAAAUUCUUAAUUUGAUUGAAUCUGAGCAGUAGAGCUAUAAGUUGUUUCUAUUGGGUUCUUUGUUCUUAACCUAUUGAUUUGGCAAUGGUGGAUCAGAAGGGCAAUUUCUUUCUUUUUUAUUUUUCACUUUUUUUUUCAUUCUUUUUCCUGUGGGGGAAGAGGCAAGAGAGCAACAGUGUUGUAAUAUAAUUCCUGGAUUACAUUAUUAUGAUUUUUAGUAAGGUUUUGCUCUCUGUGUCUCUGGUUGCUUUAUACUACUCAAUUACUCAGUAGCAUUGAUAUUCUCUGAAUGGUAAGUUUGGCAUUGUUUAUUCUCA